AAUUCGAAAUCCGAGCAUGUUAUGAUCCGUAUAUGUUCCUUGGCACUCUUAUGUAUGAUUUGAUGAAAUAUGAACCUUUAUGUAUUUGAAAUAAUCGCUUUCCGAACUUUGCGCAAAAAGGUUUCACUUUAAAGAACUUCGAAAUUUCCGAAUGUCAUAUCUUUCACAUAAGUGCUCGGAUUGCUCCAAUAUAUUUUUAUAAAAGUUUGCAUUACGUAUAACGAGUAUGUUUUCCAUAAGCGGGCCCGACUUGGGUAAAUUUCCGUCCGUGGGUCCCGCGGCUUCCCUUUAUGAAAUUCGGGAGCAUUUGAAAGAAUUUGUUAAGAUUAUUAUUUCGAUUUUCAAAUAUGAUCAUUUUGCUUAUGUUUGAAUUUAUGAUAUUGAUUUUAUGCAUAUGACUACUCACGACUCUAUUCGUGCGUUCUGUUAUAUCUUUCGCCGGUUCCCGGGCCGGUUCUGUUGUCGUGCGCACUUUGAUAUACUCCGGUGUUAUGCUGUGUUUAUGGUUCACCGAGCUACUCGCAAAAGAGGGUCGGGUUCCACAUAUAUUUGGUGUUAUGCUGUGUAUGGCGUUAUGCUGUGUUGUGAUGUGUGACGGGGAUUCGGAGAUUUGAAACUUUCUGGUGUUAUGCUGUGUUGUGGCGCCAUCGACAGGCGGGCGACCACAUUUUCCUGUGCCCUAUGCAUAAUUUAUACUUUGGAAAUAAACAUUUUGAUAUUUUUUUUAUAUGUAUUACUUUCUAUAUAUCUGAUUCGAUUAUUGUUCAGAUUUAUUUCUGUACCUUCUGCUUUGCAUACUCAGUACAUAUUUCGUACUGACCCCCUUCUCCGGGGGCUGCGUUUCAUGCCCGCAGGUACAGACGCACAGCCUGGUGAUCCACCUGUUUAGGACACCCUUUCUGCUAUUCGGAGUGCUCCUCUCUUUCCGGAGCUUAUACUUUUGUGAUGCCUCCGAAAAAGGCGACAACCGCCCAGAAGAAAAAGGGCGUAGUAGGAGAGACCAGCCGGGCUCAGAAGGGUACUCGGACCCUUGCUCAGAUGAUGCGUGAUAUUACGUCCCGGCCAGCCGACUCUGUUACGUCUUCAUCGUCAGAGGAGUCUGGAGCAGCUUCACCAUUAGCUCCAGGGGCUUCAGCUCCCGCGCCUCCAGCUCCUCAGCCAGGGGCGGAGGACAGGACACUGAGAGAGGCUGUGCAGUUAUUGACCACUCUGGUAGCGGGACAGGCUCGCAGACGCGGGCGGAGAGAUGAUGAUGAUGACGAUAGGCGUGACAGCCUGAGGGUUCGAGAGUUUCUAUUAUGUGGCCCUCCAGAGUUUUACGGGUCUAAGCCCGACGAGGACCCCCAUGACUUUAUUCGGGGGAUGCGGCGCUCACUAGAUUUGGUCAGGGCUUCAGAGACUGAGUCUGUUGAGUUGGCUUCGCAUAGACUACGGGAUGUCGCUGCUCACUGGUAUGAGUCCUGGGAGCUAUCUAGGGGUGAGGGUGGUUCCCCAGCUACUUGGGACGAGUUCGUGGCUGCUUUUACCCGCCACUUUUUGCCCCCAGAGUUACGGCGGGCGCGGGUUGACCGAUUUUUACAUCUGCAGCAGAGGGGUCGGAGUGUUCGUGAGUAUAAUAUGGAGUUUGAUUCUCUGGCCCGGUACGCACCUACCAUAGUAGAAGAUAUGGCCGAUCGGAUGCACAGAUACGUGAUGGGGUUAGACCGCUACUUGAUUGAUGGCUGUAUGGCGGUGGCAUUGCAGACAGACAUGGAUAUUGCCCGACUACAGGCUUAUGCUCUGGGUAUGGAGGACCGACAUAGAGCUGAUUAUUCCAGCAGAGAUCGGGACAGGAGGCCGCCAAAGAGGGCCAGGUCCGCUGGGUAUUCUGGGGAGCCUCAAGGCGGGCAGCCUCAACAGUAUGUUAGACAGUCUUCUCAGCCAGCGCAGAGUGCGCCCCCGCAGUCUACCGGAGAGGGAUUUGAUAGUGCCAAAUACUCAGGAGCAGGCCAGAGCUUCAGGGCUCCAGGUUCACAGGUGAGCCGAGGUUCCAGCCAGGCGAGGCCACCUAUGCCUCGGUGUUCGUAUUGUGGGAGAUCUCAUCCAGGAGAGUGCUACCGAGCUACGGGAGCCUGUUUUUCUUGCGGCCGUCAGGGCCAUAUGAUGCGUGAUUGUCCAAUGGCAAGUGGUUCUGGUAGUACAGUUCAGCCGACGGGAUCAGCCGCGGGUUCAUCUUCUACUCCCUCAGCCAUGCGCCCUGCGGGACGAGGUAUGCCGGUACAGGCGGGUCGCGGUCGAGGCCGUGGCGGUGCUUCAGGUUCUAGCGGUCCCUCGAACCGCAUAUAUGCGUUGGCCAGCCGACAGGACCAGGAGGCGCCACCAGGUGUGGUUACAGACCUUGGGGAGCCUGAGGCGUAGAUUGGAUAUUUACUUAAGAUUGGCCAUCUUGGAGUGCGUACGAGGUACAGACGCACAGCCUGGUGAUCCACCUGUUUAGGACACCCUUUCUGCUAUUCGGAGUGCUCCUCUCUUUCCGGAGCUUAUACUUUUGGUAUAUAUAUUUAUUAGUGCAUUUGUAUAUAUUCGUUCAUGGAUACGGCGGGGCCCUGUCCCGUCAUAUGAUUCUGUCGGUCUGUUUAGAGGUCUGUGGACAUGUUUGUGGGUUAGGGUCUUUCUGUAUGGAUGUAUGUACAUGUCGUUUGGGCGAUCCCAUACGCCGAGGCGGCCGGUCCGCAUAUGUUGUUUGGGCGAUCCUAUACGCCGAGGCGGCCGGUCCGCAUAUGUUUAUAUAUUGCUUGGUUAGCCCUGUGUGGCUUUUGUUGGUA